UUGCACGAACAGAGCUGAUCGCAGCCGCACUACUGUGAAUAUCUGUACGCUCAGUACCAAGACCGUGGAGUGUGCAAAGGAGAGAGAGGGAGAGCGGUGGGGUGGGGGGGAUACAGUUGAAUUCGGAUACAACUGGAAAACUACCAAGCGCGCACAGCACGCACCGAGCGGACGGCACAUCGACGGUGCGUAGCCAGCAGUACACCUACUCCCCGUCCGCUUUCGAUAAGAUUGAGCCGAGAAUGGAGCUCCCUGCCGCUGGAGAACACGUCUUUGCGGUGGAGGGCAUCGAAAAGAAGCGCAUACGAAAGGGCAAGAUAGAGUACCUGGUCAAGUGGCGAGGCUGGUCUCCCAAAUACAACACAUGGGAGCCAGAGGAAAACAUCCUUGACCCGCGCCUCCUCGUCGCGUUUCAACACAGAGAGAGGCAAGAGCAGCUGAUGGGAUAUCGAAAACGUGGGCCGAAACCAAAACAUCUUUUGCUCCAGGUGCCCUCGUUUGCCCGAAGAUCAAGCAUUCCUGCUGGUUUUGAAGAAACAUCUCAGGAUGCAGAAGGCAACCUGAAGUCUGAUCCCAUUCAGGCACAGCAGCGCUCCCAGCCUCAGCAAUACCAGCUGAACAGCAAGAAGCACCAUCAGUACCAGCCCAGCAGCCAGGAGGUCCCCUGUGACCAGCUGGCCAACAACAAGAAGAAGUUCAUCUAUCAGCUAAACAGCAAGAAGCACCACCACUAUGAGCCUGACCCAAAUAUGUACGACACGCAGGCCUCUAGGCUCAAAGAGGUGGUUAAAGUUCAGGAGGCAGCGAGUAAACCUGCAAAUCCAGGCUGGAACCUACCUCUGGCCCUGCAGCAGAAGUGGAUCCGUGAUAAAGACACAGGCUGCCUGAGCAAAGUCAAGGAGCUGGCCGUGGAAGUGAGGAAACCGGCUGUUAAAGAGGCAGAGAGUGAGCACGCCCUUAAGCCCAAUCCCAAGGAUGCAACCCUGCCGAGUGCUAUUAGCAGCAAAAUGAAGAUAAUCAAGAAUAAAAACAAGAAUGGACGUAUUGUUAUUGUCAUGAGCAAAUAUAUGGACAGUAACAAGGUUCACGGUGCAAAGGGUAAACACGGGGAAUCAUCGAGGGAAGACAAACCCCAAAACAUGAAGACGUCGGAAAACAACCCAGCACAUGCAACCAAAUUGGAGGAGCACCUGGAGAACGGUAUCCCCAAAGAGAUUUGUAAUGGAAGUUCCCUCUCUGUAGUGGAGCAUCCUAUAAAGUGUUCCCCAAAGGACAGGCAUUUCUCCAAACCUUCACCAAGCACAGCAGAGGAAUACAACACCGAAGUGGCUCGUGGUCAAGCUGAUUUACCGGACGAUUUACCCUUACAGCUGACCGCUAGCUCUCCUCUGACUUCUUGGGCUGUUGACACCAACAUUCCAACGCCAACAGCUGUCGACCAGAUCCGGAUCCCUUCUUUUCCCGCUGACCGCAAGAGAAAGCUCUCCGAUCCCGUGGAGGAUAGGAGCGUAUCCAAAAUCUACCUGAGUUCCAGGAGCUUCAGCGUGCCCAGCACUGUGGUCACGCCACCUCAGGAUAAACCUAUGGACCUCCACUGCAACGGCCCACGCCAGAGCAGUGUAUGUACGUACGAGGAUUUGGGUAGUCAAGAGGAGCCGAUGGACCUCAGCUGCCCAAAGACCAAGAAGCAAGCUCAAGCAGAAACGCCGCCGGAGCCAGAGCCUGCUGUCAAAGAUGCACCUCCUGUGACAGAGGACACGCAGAUAUCCACGGAGGCAUCUAAAGAAGCGCCUGUUAAAAAAAUCUCCCCUUUUAUGGGAAAUAUCAUCAUCACUGACAUCACAACAAACAGUCUCACUGUAACCUUCAAGGAAUACGUUUCUUACCCACUUUUCACCGACUCGCAGCCAAAUAUGGAGAGCCGCAGAAGCAGCAACGUGUCUGUAUGUGCGGCUGCCUCCUGUCAGCACGCACCAGUCCGCUCUCUGCCUCUGCAGAAGCCGUGCAGGCUGUACAGCCACUCUAGUACCGACAGGAAAUGUCGGUCUACAGGCUAUGACUAUCAAAAUGGUGGUUCAUAUUUCGACGGCAGCCACAACGCAUCUUUUGUCCGCUGCGCUCCCGCCUUUACCAUGGAGCUCUCGGCUGUCGGUGAGAGCGUCUUCGCAGCCGAGUCCAUCAUUAAACGGCGAAUCAGACGGGGUCGUUGGGAAUAUCUCGUAAAAUGGAAGGGCUGGUCUCAGAAGUACAGCACUUGGGAGCCGGAGGAAAACAUUCUGGAUGCACGUCUCUUCUCUGCCUUCGAAGAGAGGGAGCGAGAAAGGGAGAUGUUCGGGCCGAAAAAGAGGGGACCCAAGCCUGAGACAUUUCUUUUAAAGGCCAAAGCCAAAGCCAAAGAAAAGACGUAUGAAUUUAGAAGAGAGGCUCCCAGAGGGAUCCAGGUUUCCUAUCCCAUCCCCGAGCCUAUCAUAACACCGAGGGCCAGGGAGGGUUUGCGCACCGUGGUUCCCACAAUCUUCCCGCCCAGCGCGGUCAACAGAGGGGAAAGUGUCCACAUUCGCCCACCAGAGUCGGAGAGAAGGCCCAGAACAACUCCAGCAGCUGCUCUGACGGUCCAAGAGUCCCAGCAGUUCCCCAAAAAGAGAGGACGCAAACCCAAAAUGCACAUGCAUUAUGAUAAAGACGACGGCAGCAGCUCAGCAGAGCCGGACGCCAAACGUAGGAAGUUCAUGAAGGAGCCCACGUCUAACCACAGCCGACGCCCGCAUCAUCACGGGGAGACGUCAGAUCACUGCCUCAUGCAGCUGACCAAGAGGUUUCAGGAGGAAACCACCAUAACACCCAAAUCCCACAGCGAGCAGAGACAUUUGGGGGGCGCGGGCUUCUCUUACCCGUGCGCAUUAGCUUCGGAUUUGCGCAAAAGCGAGCAGGGGAGGCACAGGACUCACUGUUUGAGCAUGAAGCGGCCUGCAGCGAACGAGUACUCUCUGCCCCGGGAACAAGUUGCUGUCACUCCUUCACACACCGAUUCCAUCCACGAAUCCUCCGAGCACCCAGCCUCAUCCUGGACCCCCUGUUUCGCUCACCUGGACACUGUGACCGUAACCGAUGUCACCUUGAACUUCCUGACAGUCACCGUCAGAGAGAGCAGCACGGACAAAGGCUUCUUCAAAGAUAAAAGAUGAGUAUUUCAUGUAGUUCAGAGGAGGCUAAUACCUGCCAAGGAGGUAAUUGUGUAACAAGCUACUAACAAACAGGCCUACUGUAAUACUAUAUUUUUUCUAUGUAACUUUCAAACGUGUACAUACCGAUAUUUAAUACGCUGCUGAUGAAAUUAAAAUCAAACUUUAAGGAGUGUUGUUGUUGCUGUUGUUGCUCUUUGACUGUCCACCCGCUCUCACUAUUUCUUUUUGCACUGUUUACAGAAACUCUGCAAGUAUAAACAGAGUUAUCUGAUCGCGGUCUUUGUGGAAUUAUUCCACAGUCUUUGCUGGUUAAAAUUCAUUCAGCUGGAACAUUCUUUGACAGCGAUGCCAAAUACGAUUCGUCGCUGGCUGACAGUUGGUUUUGGUUGAAUUGUGAUGAAGUUUUGUGCGCGAUUCAGCCCAAUUUCUAGCUUUAGCUUUGCACCAUCCUGUGUUCAACAAA